AUGUGGUACUUGCACAACGAGGUGGUGUGGAUGACGCCCCGGAAGUUCAACAUCACCAGGUUGCAGCGCUUCAAAGUUUCAAGCCGGGCCACGACGCCCAUCUACAACUUGGGAAUGAACUUCGGAGUUCGGUACGCAUAUGACGCGGCCCAAUGCACGGGGCCGUGGAACUGUGACAUCAACUAUGGGAAGUAUGGCUACUUCGUCGGGUGCAACAACCUGGGAGAGUUCCCCUUCCCAACGUACCAGAUAUACUACGAGGGUGCCAAGUGGUACACUCUGCCUGGGGCAUGCCCAUCGAACACCUACAAGGAGAAGGACGCAAGCUGCAUCAAAGACCAACCAGGCGGCCGCUGUGAAGGCACGCCCACAGGUGCGGGCGACUGCACCUUUAGCAUUGAGCAUGCGGGAGAGAUACCCCUUGACGAAAUCGAAGGCAUUUCGGACUAUGCCGCAUUCAUAAGAGAUGGGUACCAGGAGUUCAACAAGACCGAAGACAAGGGAAUCGGACUGGACUUUUGGGACGGCUUGAAUGACACCGACGCCAACAACAUCAGGAUGGCCAAGGUGGACGAGAUGUUCAAAAAGAAAUAUCCAGACCUGCCAGGCGACGGAGAUCUGCCGUCACCAGCGUGCGACUUCAGGAUGAACGAGUUUUACACCGGCACCACCACGACAACAACUACGACCACGACACCGCCGCCUCCAUGCGCAGACCUUCGCCCAGAAAUCUAA